GCGCCCGGCCCCGGUGGAAGCCCAAGCGGCUUAGCGGAUCGGUGAAAUGGGGAGAGGAGGCCGCGUUUUGCUGCUAGCCUUCGUGCUCUUCCUCACGUCACACUUGACGACGCCGGCGUCCGCUGCCACGAAGUCCUGUUUGCUUGUCUUGAGUGAUCUGACGUCUUGGCCUGCUCUGAUCGCUGGAGUCACCAACCAGUACAAACAAUUGUAUCUCUUCAAGGAAAUCAGCGCCAUCGGGUUGCAGAUCGACGACAGCUUGUUCCCAGCCCUCGAACAGCUCCCCGGGGUUCUGGCUGUGAUCCCGGACAGGCUUCACAAGGUCCAAACGACGCAUUCCUGGGAGUUCCUCGGGCUGGAGAGCGGCGGCGAGCCGAAAAACGAGUGGAAGUACGACGCCAAGUUCGGCGAGGGGGUCGUUAUUGGAAACGUCGACACCGGUAAUCUCGCAGUUAAAUUGCAUCAUUUCUUCACAUCAAUCUAGCCCAUACAUACUCCCCAGGAAUCGCAGUAUAUACCACUACCACUACCAACUCGAUAUCUUUUGAUUGAUCGCCGGAAUCUUAUCUUGACCUAAUAAUCAAUUAAUUGCUUUCAUAUUAAUACGCACGGGGUAUGUGGGUUGGUCGUACCGCGUAUUCCGUGCCAUGCAUCAUGCAUGGCACCUGUCUAACACACGCAUGCACUGUCGACAGCCUAAAGUCGAAGCACUGGUUUGACCUGGAUCCUAAUAGUGAGCACUUAGUAGUACUCCCUUCGGAUUUGGUCAAAGUCAAACAAACUUUGUUAAUUUUGACUAAGUUUAUAGAAAAAUAUAUCAAGAUUCAUAAUAUGAAAUCGGUAUUGUUAGAUGUAUCAUGAAAUUAGUUUUCAUACCAUAUAGCUUUAGUAUAGUAAAUAUUGAUAUAUUUUUUAUAAAUUUGGCAAACUUCAUAAAGUUUGACUUUGAUCAAUCUUAUAUACAGACUAAAAAAACGAAGGGAGUACGUGAUUAAUUAAAUAGAGGUCUUCACAUGCAUGAAAUACUACUCCCUCCUGGAUGAGUACAUAAUAAUUUGUUGUCCCCGCGAUAUAUUCCAUCCUGGAUGGAACAUAAUCAAAUCCCAGUAACAUGCCGGAGUGUGAAGUCAACUGAAACCUGACAGAUGAUACGCAUCAAGGCCCCACGAUCUUACUCGAAAUCUGUUGCUCACUCCAAUCCAUUUUUUCCGGAGACGCUCGGUACAAAGUUGUACUAAGUGUGCAUUAAUUAAUAUGGAUUGGAGGGAGUAGCUUUUUCCCUCAGAGGUAACAAUCAAUUACGUUGACAUUGUUUUUGUACAUUGCACACUUAGAAAAUAUGAAAAUGGUGAAUAAGUAGGUAUAUGUAAGAAAAUCAAAAGUAUAUAUUCCAUCCUGGAUGGAACAUAAUCAAAUCCCAGUAACAUGCCGGAGUGUGAAGUCAACUGAAACCUGACAGAUGAUACGCAUCAAGGCCCCACGAUCUUACUCGAAAUCUGUUGCUCACUCCAAUCCAUUUUUUCCGGAGACGCUCGGUACAAAGUUGUACUAAGUGUGCAUUAAUUAAUAUGGAUUGGAGGGAGUAGCUUUUUCCCUCAGAGGUAACAAUCAAUUACGUUGACAUUGUUUUUGUACAUUGCACACUUAGAAAAUAUGAAAAUGGUGAAUAAGUAGGUAUAUGUAAGAAAAUCAAAAGUAUGCUUCUAAUAUCGAGCUCAAAUGUUCCUGCCAUGAACAGUAAAAUCAAAAAAAUAACAAAAAAGAGUUUCUGGAUUUUUUUGUGGCAAAGUUUAAGAAAUGUUUGAAGUGCAUGCGAAUUUUCACCACGAAAUCACAUUGGAGUAAGUCGUGGCAAACAACCAAAAUCAGAGCUCCCAAAUGCGUUUGGAAGUAACAUUUUCAGAGUAUCGAUUUUUUUUACCAUGCCUUGCACCUAUGUAAUUUUGUGAUGAAUUUUUGCAUCCACUCCAAACAUUCUUUAAAGUUUUUUUGAAUUUACUGUUCAUGAGGGAGCAUUUGAUCUCGAGCUUAAAAACUCCACAUCCUAAGAAAAUUGUUUUUUAGGACGGCUAUAACUCUGUUGACCCGGAGAGAAUUCAACAGUUGAUAGCCGUCCCAUCAAGAGGUUAUUAUCCUUGAUGUCUAGAUCAGACAGUUGUUAGCUUUAACUUAAUUAAUAGUUAUUUCCUCUGUUCACAAAUAUAUGGUGUUCUAACUUUUUUCUAAACUGAAUGUAUAUAGAGACAUUUUAGUGUGUUUAUUCACCCAUUUUAGUGUGUAUAUGUGGUCCACAUUGAAGUAUACAAAACAUCUUAUAUUUGUGAACAAAGGGAAUAUUUCUUAGUCAGUUUUGUUUCUGAAAGUUCACUAGUUAGUUCACAAACAUUUGCAUAUUGCACUAUUGAGUAAUCUUUCAAAUUCAUUGCACACCACAAGAGUGUUUAAUAUGGUUUAAAGAUAUCCAACGUCGCAUGAGAUUUUUUUUCUUCAAAAGGACAAUAGACCCCUGGCCUCUACAUCGAUUGAUGCACACAACCAUCCAUUAUUGCAAACUUCCAAGUGUCAUUCUUAGUCGUCCAACAAGACUUACUGACCUCUUCCUAAAAACAUUCUUUGCAAUAGUAGUAUGACCUUAGCAAAUGCUAGGAUGGCCAAUCCACUGUCAUUCGAGUUGGAAACAUUAAAAGACAAUUGCCUUCCCUAAAUACCUCUCACUCCACACACUAGUAGAAAAGGGGGCUUUAGUCCAGGCCGGGUAAGUCCAUUAGUCCCGGUUCAGUCCAGAACCAGGAC